CAACAUUCGAGCACCCCUCACUAUCAAGUGGGACAUUCCAAGAUGGCGACGCCCAUGUAUCGAACAAAAAAACCUGUCUUGUUUGCGCAAUUUGCGCUGUUGUGUAACUAAAUAAGAGCAUGAGUUAGCACUUCUGCGCUGCGUCCAGACUUUGGCAGGUUCAGUUUACACAACGGGACAUGUAAACAGCUUCAGUAGUAAGGCCUACUCGUACUGAAACUUCCCAAGAACAGCCCGAAAACUUUCCACGAUGCUGCCAGCAUAUUGCAGUCCAAACAGCUCGCUUACACCAGUAUGGGUGGACCAGGGUCUGUCUGUAUGUUUCACAGAAACCCUCGUCCCUGCAGUUCUACAAGGAUUCAUCCUCGUAUGCGGCGGGAUACAGGGCCUCUUCCUCAUGAAGUACUCAACCGUCAUCGAACCCAAAUACGUACCCAAAAGUGCCCUCUACCACUUUCAGUUGGCGAUGCACGUGCUGCUGGUGGUCCAAGCAAUUGUCCAGUUGGUCUUGCACGCAACACUCGGGGCCAAAGCACUCUACGGCUCCACAAUCCUCUACACGUGUUUCUACGCGCUCUCGUGGUGGAUGGUGAUGAUUCUCAUGGCAGCUGAGAGGAAGAGAGAGAUUUUAACGCGAUCUUCGCGAGGACACGGCACAGUUCUUCUGCUGUUCUGGGCGCUGGCUUUUCUUCUGGAGAAUCUGGCACUUGUGUCGUGGAACAGCAGACACUGGUGGUGGAAGAUACAGACUGUGGACCAGAAGGUUGAGUUUGGUUCCUGGGUGGCACGUUACAGCUGUACCCUACUGCUGUUCCUGCUGGGCCUGUGUGCUCCCGGCCGACCAGCCAAACCCUACAUGAACAUCAUCAACGAGGACAGGGAUGUGGAACAGGCUGAGCCAUUGUUGGAUGAGUUUGCGACUGAAUCGGAAGGUUCGACCUUCCGCGGGUUCUUACGGAAGUGCAAGCUGCUUUGGCCAUUCAUGUGGCCGAAGGGAAGCCUGGCGUUACAGCUACGAGUCGUGUUCUGUUUCCUGCUGCUAGCCGCGGGACGAGGCAUCAACGUGCUGGUCCCUAUCUACUACAAAAUCAUCGUGAAUCGUCUGACCAAGUCUGAGUUCCCCUGGGAUGACAUCCUGCUCUACACAUUCUGGAAGUUCCUACAGGGAGGAGGAGCAGGUACGGCAGGACUUUUGAACGGUCUUCGUUCUUUCCUGUGGAUCCUGGUACAACAGUACACCAACAGAACUAUGUCUGUUCGGCUCUUCAAACAUCUACACCAGUUGUCCCUGAGGUGGCAUCUAACCAGGAAAACGGGGGAGGUUCUGCGAGUUAUGGACAGGGGGACACAGAGCGUCAACAACCUGCUCAAUUACAUCCUGUUCAGCAUAGUGCCUACCAUAGUGGAUAUCAUCAUUGCCAUUGUCUACUUUACUGGAGCUUUCAACAUCUACUUUGGACUGAUUGUCUUCUGUUGUAUGGCGCUGUAUUUGGGAUUGACAAUCUUUGUGACAGAAUGGAGGACCAAGUUUCGAAGAAAGAUGAAUAUCAAGGAAAAUGCCAUGAAGCAAAAAGCAGUGGACUCACUUCUCAACUUUGAAACGGUGAAGUACUAUGGUGCAGAGGAGUAUGAAGUGGACAAGUUUCAUGACUUUGUGAAAGACUAUCAGGUUGAAGAGUGGAAAACCAAUGCGUCCCUGAGUGUGCUGAACAAUGCCCAGAACAUCGUGAUCACAGUGGGUCUGAUAGCAGGGUCCCUGCUGUGUGCCAGCUACGUGGCCGACAAAAAAUUACAAGUUGGUGACUACGUCCUGUUCUCUACGUACAUCAUCCAGCUUUACGCACCUCUCAACUUCUUCGGAACUUACUACAGGAUGAUCCAGGCUGCAUUUAUCGACAUGGAGAACAUGUUUGACCUUCUGAAGGAGAAACAGGAGGUCAAGGACAUCCUGGGGGCACGGCCGCUGGUCGUCGGCGAAGGUCGCAUUGAGUUUAAGAACGUCUGCUUCUACUACCAGCCUGAGAGGAAUAUCCUGAAGGACAUCACGUUCACGGUGAACCCGGGCCAGACGGUGGCGUUGGUCGGUCCCACGGGCAGCGGCAAGUCCACCAUCAUCCGGCUGCUCUUCAGGUUCUACGACGUCAUGGGAGGAGCCAUCCGCAUCGAUGGGCAGGACAUCUCCAAGGUUACCCAGACCUCCCUUCGCAAAAGCAUCGGCGUGGUUCCUCAGGACACAGUACUUUUCAAUGACACAAUCAGGACAAAUAUCAGAUAUGGGAAGGUGAGCUCUAAAGACGAAGAUGUGGAGGAGGCUGCGGAUGCUGCUGAGAUUCAUGACAAAAUCCUGAUGUUCCCUGAUCAGUAUGAGACGAUGGUAGGUGAGCGGGGGUUGAAGCUGAGUGGGGGGGAGAAACAGAGAGUGGCCAUCGCCCGAACCAUCCUCAAGGCUCCAUCUAUUGUACUACUGGAUGAGGCCACGUCUGCGCUGGAUACCCAGACUGAGAGGAACAUCCAGGCUUCCCUCAACAGGGUCUGUAACAACAGGACCACCAUCGUAGUGGCUCACAGACUGUCGACAAUCAUCAACGCGGACCAGAUCCUGGUGUUAAACGAGGGAGAAAUCGUGGAGAGAGGAACACAUGAUGAGUUGGUUAAUCUUGGCGGGAUGUAUGCCAACCUGUGGCAACAGCAGCUGCUAAACCCUGAGGACAGCAAUGGAUCGGAGAAAGCAGACACAGAGGAAAACAAGAACAAGGACGAUUAACCAUUUUCCUGCUAGGCCUUUCGUUUCAUAUACAUUUGUAUGCUGCAUUCAGUGGCAUUGGCAGUGGAGUAUGUUGCCAAGACUUGUGGUGUAUUGUGCAUAGCACUUCAGCAGAACGUUUAGUUUUUGAUAGUAAUUGUAUUCACAUAUUUAAAGAAAG